GUCCCUCAUGAUCCCUUGUCCACAUACCAUUCUCCAUCUUCUAAAUCUAAAUCAAAAACCACCCAUUCCUGACUCAUCCCUGUAACAUUGGUUUUCUUGUCAAAAAAUUCAAAGAUUUCAUCUGCGUUGGAUCAUCUUUGUUCUUCCACCUGGAGUCCAUUGAAAUGAUCGGAAGAUUUUUUUCUUCCUUGAUUUCAACCCUUUUCACAACAGCGCCGUCAAUGAUCACAAGUCCUGGACUUGGGAUGCUUCUUCCUCCGUCUCCGCUUGCAGGUUUCAGAAGCUGGGUCGAUUCGGGUCUCCGAUUUGCUUAACAGAUAUUGGGUGGACCAUAAAUUCUUUGCACACAUUCCUUUAUUUUUUGUGAGUUUUUCUUGAAACCAUUAUUUACCGAUUUCUUUGCACCAUAAAGGAAAUUCUGGAACUUGCAGCACCGUUGCUGUUGUACAGAUUCGCGAACCCCUCCUUCUCUGGUCCCAGUCGCAGUCAAAGCAUGAUUUUGGUUCCUCAAUUCAAAGCAGAUCUUGCCAAGAAGGAGAUGUUCUUAAAUUCAACUUCUUACCUCAGCUUGUUCUUCAUCAAUCUUAGAUCUGCAGGAAAUGAUAUCAUGCAAACAAAGACUCAAUUUUGACAUAUGCCAUCAAGUUGGAUCUCAGACCAUGUCGAAGCGAGGGCGCGGAGGGUCUGCCGGAAACAAGUUCCGGAUGUCGCUGGGUCUGCCCGUGGCGGAUACGGUGAACUGCGCCGACAACACCGGUGCCAAGAAUCUCUACAUUAUCUCUGUGAAGGGAAUCAAGGGUCGUCUGAACCGGUUGCCGUCGGCUUGUGUGGGUGACAUGGUCAUGGCCACUGUGAAGAAAGGAAAGCCGGACCUCAGGAAGAAGGUGCUGCCAGCUGUCAUUGUGAGGCAGCGCAAGCCGUGGCGCCGAAAGGAUGGUGUUUUCAUGUACUUCGAAGAUAAUGCUGGUGUCAUUGUGAAUCCAAAGGGUGAAAUGAAAGGAUCUGCUAUCACUGGGCCUAUUGGGAAGGAAUGCGCUGAUCUGUGGCCAAGAAUUGCUAGUGCAGCUAAUGCCAUAGUUUAAGUGUUUCAAGCCUUACUUUAGAUUGGUUUUUUAUGAUGUUUUCGAAUCUGGAUAUUGGCGUAAUCAGUUGUUGUUUAA